AUAAAGUCUUAUCUCUUCCCAUACUUCUCUUCAUCAACUAACUUUUAAAUUUUUAAGGCAGAUCAAGAAAGCUUAAUCUUUAGCUUUUUUUAAUCAAGUUUUAGUCAUCAAGAAUGGCUGCCUCAGUGUCAACCAUUGGAGCUGCCAACAAAGCACCGUUGAGUUUGAACAACUCAGUUUCUGGAACUUCAGUUCCAAGUACAGCCUUCUUUGGCAAAACCUUGAAGAAAGUGUAUGGAAAAAGUAUUUCCAGCCCCAAGAUUACAAACAGGAGCUUCAGAAUUUCAGCUGAAGAAAAAGAAAUAGACGAGAAGAAACAGAGCGAUGGGGACAGAUGGAAGGGUCUUAUUAUGGAUGCAUCCGAUGAUCAACAGGACAUCGCAAGGGGUAAGGGUAUGGUUGACAGUCUUUUCCAGGCUCCUACGGGUACUGGUACUCACCACGCCAUUAUGAAUUCCUACGAAUACCUCAGCCAAGGUCUUAAACAAUACAACAUGGACAACAAGUUGGACGGACUCUACAUCGCCCCUGCUUUUAUGGACAAGCUUGUUGUUCACAUCACCAAGAACUUCUUGAAAUUGCCCAACAUCAAGAUUCCACUCAUCUUGGGUGUAUGGGGAGGCAAAGGUCAAGGUAAAUCAUUCCAAUGUGAGCUUGUUUUCAGAAAGAUGGGAAUCAACCCCAUUAUGAUGAGUGCUGGAGAAUUGGAAAGUGGAAAUGCAGGAGAGCCUGCAAAAUUGAUUAGGCAAAGGUACAGAGAGGCAGCUGAAAUCAUCAGGAAAGGAAACAUGUGUUGCCUCUUCAUCAAUGAUCUCGAUGCAGGAGCUGGUAGAAUGGGUGGCACUACCCAAUACACCGUCAACAACCAGAUGGUGAACGCCACCCUCAUGAACAUUGCUGACAACCCAACAAAUGUCCAGCUCCCCGGUAUGUACAACAAGCAAGAGAACGCCAGGGUCCCCAUUAUUGUCACUGGUAACGAUUUCUCCACAUUGUAUGCUCCUCUUAUCCGUGAUGGUCGUAUGGAGAAGUUCUACUGGGCACCAACUAGGGAGGAUAGAAUUGGAGUUUGCAAGGGUAUUUUCAGAACUGACAACGUCCCUGAUGAAGCUGUUGUGAAGAUUGUUGAUACCUUCCCUGGACAAUCUAUUGAUUUCUUCGGUGCUCUGAGGGCACGAGUAUAUGACGAUGAGGUGAGGAAAUGGGUUUCAGGCACUGGAAUUGAAGCUAUUGGUGAUAAACUUUUGAACUCUUUUGACGGACCCCCAACUUUUGAGCAACCAAAAAUGACCGUUGAGAAGCUCCUCGAGUAUGGUAACAUGCUUGUGCAAGAGCAAGAGAAUGUGAAGAGAGUUCAGUUGGCUGAAACAUAUCUUAAAGAUGCUGCACUUGGAGAUGCUAACGCGGAUGCCAUCAACACUGGAUCUUUCUAAGAACCUUCAUCAAUCUAAAGCCUAAACAAGAGGGGAAAAAGCACAACAUGUUAAUCAUCCUGUUGCUGAAGUCUCUACUGAUUCAACUUCCAGGAGUGAUGAUGUAUUUUAUUUCUUCAACUUUUUGAGGCAUUUUGUGAGGGUAGCUAUAGAAUGUGACUUGAACUGUUUAAUAUUUUAAAUCAAUUGUGUUCCAGUGUUAAGGGAAUACAAACUCCAAAUAAUUUUGUUUUCAGUUUUUGUAAUUCUUUUGUAAUCAAGUUCUUGAUUUGGAAUUUCAAGAUUUGCUUUGUAUAA